AUGAACCUCUUAAACGAUGGCUUCCCGUUCGCCGCCUCAGGAUAUCAGCAAAAUGUUGUUUAUGACAAUGCCCCUGACACCUUCCCAAAUGUCUCCCACGUUGACUACAGCAGUGAUUAUGAUAAUUGCAACAGGCUUGUACGGGAAGUACAAACCCCAUUGUAUCCUGGUAGUGAGCAUACUGUGUUGGGUAUCGCCAUGGAGCAAAUGCACAUAAAAAACAAGCAGGGAAAGACUAAGACAUGUUUUGAUGCGGAUAUUGCACUUAUGAAGAAAGUGCUUCCCAAAGGUAACAGUUGUCCGGAAAAUUUCGACCAGGUAAAAAGGAUGUUGGCUGGCCUCGGUCUUGAUCACCAAAAGAUAGACGCUUGCGUCAAUAACUGCUUAUUGUAUUACAAAGACAACAAGGAUGAAGUUGAGUGCCCAUACUGCUAUGAGCCAAGGUAUGAAGCUUCCACUUCAUCUAAGCAGAAAAAGCCCAUUCUUAUGAAGGUUCUUCGUUACUUCCCGUUGGGUCCUCGUUUGCAACGUCUGUACAUGUCUUCCCAUACGGCCAAACAUAUGAGAUGGCACCAGGCAAGGUACCAGGGAGAGGAGAGGAUAGAUCCGGAUAAUCUCACACACCCCGCAGACGGGGAGGCUUGGAAGCACUUUGACCGUUCUUUUCCCGAAUUUGCUGGAGACUAUCGAAAUGUCAGACUCGGACUUGCAACAGACGGAUUCAAUCCUACUGGAAACAUGAAUUUGUCUUACAACAUUUCGUCUGUGAUAGUAUUUUCGUAUAAUCUACCUCCCAACAUGUGUAUGAGGAAAGAGUACAAUUUCCUUACACUUAUGGUUCCAGGGCCGUGUUCUCCAUGA